GCCCUGUACUGGUGGUGCUUCUGGGAGCUAGGGGCCAGUGCAAGGAGGGACUGGGCUCUGUGGCAUCAGGGGAGAUCUCUGAGCCCUGUCCUGGGCCCGUUUAUACUGUCCUCCCUCCUCACCCAUCAGCCUAGCCUGCAGGAAGUCUUCCCAGGAUGGUGAGGUGGUUUCACCGAGAUCUCAGUGGGCUGGAUGCUGAGACUCUGCUGAAGGGCCGCGGGGUCCAUGGGAGUUUCUUGGCCCGGCCCAGCCGAAAGAACCAGGGAGACUUUUCCCUCUCUGUCAGGGUAGGAGACCAAGUGACCCACAUCCGCAUCCAGAAUUCGGGGGAUUUCUAUGAUCUCUAUGGAGGAGAAAAGUUUGCUACGUUGGCAGAAUUGGUGGAGUAUUACACUCAACAGCAAGGUGUCCUACAGGACCGUGAUGGUACCAUUAUCCACCUCAAAUACCCACUCAACUGCUCCGACCCCACCAGUGAGAGGUGGUACCAUGGCCAUAUGUCUGGGGCCCAGGCUGAGACGCUGCUUCAGGCCAAGGGUGAGCCCUGGACGUUUCUGGUUCGUGAGAGCCUGAGCCAACCUGGUGAUUUUGUGCUAUCUGUACUCAAUGACCAGCCCAAGGCUGGACCAGGCUCCCCAUUCAGGGUCACUCACAUCAAAGUGAUGUGUGAGGCUGGUCGUUACACAGUGGGUGGCUCUGAGACCUUCGACAGCCUCACAGACUUGGUGGAACAUUUCAGGAAGACAGGAAUUGAGGAGGCCUCAGGUGCCUUUGUCUACCUGCGACAGCCGUAUUAUGCCACAAGAGUGAAUGCAGCAGACAUAGAGAACCGGGUCUUGGAACUGAACAAGAAACAGCAGGCAGAGGAGACAUCCAAGGCUGGAUUCUGGGAGGAAUUUGAGGGUCUUCAGAAGCAGGAGGUGAAGAAUUUGUAUGAUCGGCAUGAGGGGCAGAGACCUGAGAAUAAGUGCAAGAACCGAUACAAGAACAUCCUUCCUUUUGAUCACACCAGGGUGAUCCUGCAGGGUCGAGACAGCGGCAUCCCAGGGUCUGAUUACAUCAAUGCCAAUUAUGUCAAGAACCAGCUGGUGAGUGCAGAUGAAAAUGCCAAGAUCUACAUUGCCAGCCAAGGCUGUUUGGAUGCCACAGUUAAUGACUUCUGGCAGAUGGUGUGGCAGGAAAACUCCCAAGUUAUUGUCAUGACUACGCGGGAGGUGGAGAAGGGUCGGAACAAGUGUGUCCCUUAUUGGCCUGAAGUUGGGACCCAACGGUCAUAUGGCCUAUACUCUGUCCUCAAUUGCAAGGAACAUGACACUCCUGAGUAUAAGGUCCGGACCCUAGAGGUCUCUCCACUGGACAAUGGGGACUUGGUGAGGAAGAUCUGGCACUACCAGUACCUGAGCUGGCCUGACCAUGGGGUGCCCAGUGAACCUGGAGGUGUCCUCAGCUUCCUGGACCAGAUCAACCAGCGACAGGAGACGCUGCCCCAUGCAGGGCCUAUCAUAGUACACUGCAGCGCUGGCAUUGGACGGACUGGGACCAUCAUUGUUAUCGACAUGAUCAUGGAGGCCAUUUCCACAAAAGGUCUGGACUGUGACAUCGACAUCCAGAAAACCAUUCAGAUGGUUCGGGCCCAGCGUUCAGGGAUGGUACAGACAGAGGCCCAGUACAAGUUCAUCUACAUGGCUAUUGCACAGUUUAUCGAGACCACUAAGAAGAAACUAGAUGUCUUACAGUCCCAGAAAGGCCAGGUGGAGUCAGAGUAUGGGAACAUUGGGUACCCUCCAGCCAUGAAGAAUGCCCAUGCCAAGGCCUCCCGGACCUCCUCAAAACCCCGGGAGGAUGUGUACGAGAACCUGCAGGGCAAGACUAAGAGGGAGGAAAAGAUGAAGAAGCAACGGUCAGCUGAAAAGGAGAAGAGCAAAGGCUCCCUGAAGAAGAAAUGACUGCCUAGGGAUUCCAUGCCUGAUCCCAAACACCAGAGGAUGUCUACUUCCAGUGACUUAUGACACAACCUCUUCUCCCCCUCCACCCAUGCGGGUAUUUAUUCCUUGGCCUCCCCCCACGCCCUUUCAAUCAGCCCUUUUCUAAUUUAAUAGCUUUACCUCCACCCCCCAGCCCCACCUCGCCUUACCUACACUGGCCACUGUACAUAGCCCAUGGAAGCCAAGGUGACCCCAGCUAUCCCCCAUCCUUGUAAAUAAAGUCCCCUGUGCUUCA